AGCACCAGCAUCUGGCUGUGAGCGACCCCCAUCUAAGUCAGCCCCUUACGCGACACAUGUCGCGGUGGCGCGACCCUCUGACCUGGCCGUGAAGCUUUUGGACUUCAUGGUCUGGAAAAGGUCUUUGGCUUCUUGCUUCGUUCUUCUCGUACCUGGACUGUCUUCUUCCUCAGUGAACCCCAAGAGUGGAGGAUCUCGUUUGCUCCCAUCGGAGCAGAACGUCAGCGGAGUCAGGCAAGCCAGCCUGGGACAAACCCACUCCGCCUUGCUGAAGGCAGAGCUUCGGCCAAGUCCAGGUGCCGAGCUGGCGGAGAAUGAACAACUAGCUGCCGGCAACUCCACAGGAGCCCGGAUCUGGGCCUUCUCCUCGGUGGACCCCCGCCUUCGUGCUGAGACGCGUCGGAGCAAGCUGAUCUGCGCGCAGAUCUUGGGAGCGCUGGUGGUUGCGGCAUUGGCUCCGGUGCUUGUCUAUCAGGGUUGGUCUGCUUUCAUUGCGCUUUCUACACUUCUGCUGUCCUUGACGCUGGUCCAAGUUGCAAUGAAGGCAGCCCUGCACAAUGGGUUGCCCUACCCAUACACUCUGACAGCCAUCCACAUGCUGCUCACCAUGCUCACAGCCCUGGCUGCUGGGCCACCGGCCCGGCGUGAGUGGCAGAUGGCCUUGCAGACCUUGCCGGCCUCCGUGGCGGGUGGCGCAGCGGUGUUGCUCCACAACGUCGCUCUCACGCAGGCGAGCGUGAGCUUUGUGACCAUGCUGGGCUCCUGCACUCCCGUGGUCACCUAUUGUGUGGAGUUCUUCAUGGGGCAUCGCCAAGCGACCUGGAAGAGUGGUGUCCCCGUUCUCAUGGCUUGGUUUGGAGGUGCCUUGUGUGUCCGUGGUGAGCGGAAUGCUUCCAUGCUGGCGCUCCUUCUGGUGUUGUUGGGCUGUGCAUCGCGAAGUGCCAAGUCCAUUUGGCAGCAGCAGUUGCUUUCAAUUGACCAGCUGGGUCCUGCACGACUGGCUGCUUGGGGAGCAGCUUGGACCCUCCUUUUGACGCUCCCCUUCGCGAUCGUCGAGGAAGGAGCAGGCUUCUUUCGGCGACUGCCAAGUGCCUCGAAGCAUGCUGUGAGUGCCACCUUGCUUUCUUGCGUUGCUGCAGUUUUGCUGAACUUGUCUCAAUGGACCUCAGUGCGAUACUUGGGCCCUGUGAUGCAACAUAUGUUUGGCAACUUGCAGCUGGUUUUUGUGCUCAUCUUGGCGGCUGUAUGGUUGGAUGAAGGUUGCAGUGGAGAACAACUGCUUGGGACCUUUGUCCUGGUCAUGGGAGUCCUCAUUGCCAAGGCCUCGCCGGUGGAAAAGCGCACGGAAGAGCGCCCGCUGGGGCUGCGCGCAAAGCAACAAGGCUACUUGGCUACCAAGCCAAAUCCGACCUUCCUUGACAAGUCCCUUGCCAGCUCCCAUUCCCAGCAAGGUUUUCCAAGACCUAUAGGCUUGUAGGAGGCUAGGUUUCCCGGACCGACGACUUCCUACCACUGGCCUCACCAAGUGAAUUAGGGGAGCAACACAUGUGCACUGGGAAGAGUCCAGGCAAGGCGGUUAAGGGAGGUUCUUUGAGAGGCAUGCAAUAACUGGGGCAGAAGAAGUAUUUGAUCCACUAACCAAUCUAGGGAAGGCAGUUAGCCAAGGAAAGGGUUGCAAAGGGUGGAUCUAUGAUGAUCUAUGAAUCUAUGAUGUAUGAUUGUUUAUUGAUUUCUGACAUCUGAAAUGAUCCUGAUGAACCAGGAAGUUUAGGAGGACAUUCCAUUCGUGGUUCUCCGUUCAGCGAGACGAACGUCCGCGAGACGAGGCACCAGAUCGCCUGAGCGGCUCCGAGGCUCUUCGGCUUGGACGGUGCGCGGAAGAAAAGGAUGCC